UAGAUCGCCUUUUACUUCUUAAUGUCUUUGAAAAGGCUAUUCUCCUUCCUCUUUCUACUUGUUCUUCCUUUUUCGAGUUCUUCAGAUACAACAUCUUGGAUAAAAUCCGGGUUCUGGUAUGCUGGCAGUGUGUUUCCAACACCUGAAAUUCCUACUAUGUACACACAUCUUCAUGUUGCCUUUGCACAUAUCAACACUUCGAAUUUCGAGGUUUUCAUAAAUAACUCUGAUGAACCAUAUAUCUCAACCUUUACCAAAACUGUGAAACAAAAUAAUCCAUCAGUUAUAACACUUCUAUCCAUAUGGGGAGGAAGUGAUGAAUCCCCUGACUUCUUCGCGAUGACCAGUGAAUUUUCGCGUAGAAAAUCAUUCAUCACAAGUUCAAUAAAAACUGCUCGACUAUAUGGAUUUCAAGGGCUUGAUCUUAAUGGUGUCUACCCAAAUACAGCUGCAAACAUGACUAAUAUGAGAACAUUCAUUGAAGAGUGGCGAACAACGAUUAAUUCUGAGUCCAACAAUUCAUUGAUCUUAACUAUGGGAGCAUACUAUUCACCAAUGCUAGAUCAAUCGAUGAAAUAUCCAGUAGAAACAAUUGUUAGAAACUUCGAUUGGGUUCAUCUCAGAUCAUAUGACUAUUAUUUGCCUUCAAAAAACAACGUUACACGAGCACAUUCAGCUUUAUAUGAUCCAUCAAGCACGCGAAAUACAGAUUAUGGUAUAAAGGAAUGGAUCAAGAAUGGCUUACCAGCCAAUAAAAUUGUUAUAGGCUUAGCAUACCAUGGUUAUGCGUGGACACUUGAGAAUCCAAAUCAUAACAUGGUAGGCUCACCUGCAAGAGGUCCAGCAAUAACAAGCUAUGGAUCAUCGAUAAAUUACAAAAACAUCAAGGGAUAUAUGAAAAGUAAUGGAGCCAUACUUGUCUAUAACUCAACUUAUGUUGUGAACUAUGUUACUAUUGGACCACUUUGGAUUGGUUAUGAUGAUGUUGAAGCUAUAAGAACUAAAGUUUCUUACGCGAAGGAUAAGGGGCUUCGUGGAUUUGCUGCAUUCCAAAUUCCUAACGAUGAUGUCGAUUGGGAGCUUUCAAAAGCAGCCUCAGACGUAGAAGAAGAAGACCAGAGAAGGUUACUAGCAAUUCUUUUGCCAACGAUCACGAUCAGUACCAUUAUCGUAAUAAGUUCAAUACGUUGUAUCUUAAAAAAGAAAACUGUAAGAUCUGAAGGUAUCGAGGAAUUGAUACCUUUGAUUAUAGGUCGUAAUCUCAAAGUUUUCAGCUUUGGUCAAAUAAAAGAAGCUACAAACAAUUUCUCCAUCAAAAACAAGAUUGGAGAGGGAGGCUUUGGACCUGUUUAUAAGGGAAGGUUAAGUGAUGGACAGGAAAUCGCAGUAAAACGUCUUUCAGAAUACUCCAAGCAAGGAGUAGAAGAGUUUCAGAAUGAGGUCUCACUUGCUUCAAAGUUGCAACAUGUCAAUGUUCUACAACUUCAGGGAUUUUGCAUCGAAAAAGAAGAGAAAAUACUGGUUUAUGAGUACAUGUCAAAUAGAAGUUUGGAUUUCUACCUUUAUGGUGCGCGUAAUAAACUCUUAAUUCAUUACAAAAUUAUUCGUAGUACUUGACAAUGCUUACAUAUUGUUUAAACAAACAUUUAGG